AUGACGAGACACGGACACGCAGCGGAACGAAACGCGACUCGUACCGAUUUGUCCAGAUGCAAGCUCACGCAAUUGGGUACCGAUUACAUGGGUUCGAUCACGACAACUGCUGGUGGAAUUCGAUGUCAGAUGUGGUAUUCGGAGAAACCUCUUCAUCAGGUUCACUCUUACUGUACCCUCACGACUUUUUGUUAUUUGUUCAUGCUCGAAUCCAUUACUGAUAAAGUCUUUCCUGAAAGAUCUUUACGACUUGUUAGAAACUAUUGUAGAAAUCCGACCAAAGAUCCUCGAGGUCCUUGGUGUUAUACAAUGGACCCAAAUCUGAUUGACGACGAAUGCGAAGUGCCUCUGUGUAAUUUUGGAGAAUGUAGAAUAUCAGGAACAGGUUCCGAGUAUGGUGGAACUCGAGAAACGUCUUCGUCUGGUAGAAAAUGUAAUUCUUGGGACAAGCGUUUGAAAUUGGCCGUUAAUAAGACAGAAAAAUUCCCCAGUAACUACUUCUCAGAUCUGUCCCGAAACAAGGCCAAAAACUUCUGUAGAAAUCCGGAUAGCAGCGCAGGUGGUCCGUGGUGUUACGUUGAUUCAGAAAAUUAUGACAUUGUAGAGAAAGAAUACUGCAGCGUUCCAUUCUGCGAUGACAAAGAUUGUCUGGUUUAUACUAAAAAUGCUUCGACAUACUCAAUUCUGACAAGCUUGAACAGCACUAUUGGCAACAUAACGUUCUGGGUCAAGCUUUGGAAUCCCGGUGAUGAGCAAAUAGGCCAGGCAAGAUUACUAUUGUCUAAUCUACAAGUACCGUCUUCAGCUGAAAUGAUUGCACAGAAAUGGGGAACAGGUGUUGAAAUUCUGAUAUCAAAUUCUGGAAGUGGGCAAGAAUAUCCACGCACUGACGAGGAGACGGAUUUUGAAGAGACUCCGAAUAUUCUCAUUGGCACCAAAUGGACAGCUCUCUGGGUUACUUGGGGUGGCGGUUUUAUCUCUGUUGGGCGUUCUGGUUCAUCGAAGCCUAUUUUUUUAGACGAAUUUAAGCAGAAGAACACGAUAUCGAGCAUGUAUCCGGAAAGUUUUUUCCAGUAUGGCAUAAUGGGCACGGGAAUUUUAUGGAGUAUGCAAUUCUGCGAAGCAACAUGUGAAGUUCAUACUACUUUUGGACUUGAAUUCCUGAGAAUUUGGCCCCUGUUACAAAGUAACAGCAGUCAUGAUCUACAAUUUCACAUCAGAGCUAGUCACGGGGCAAUGAUACAACUGACGCAGACUCCCGCUGUUCCUUUCCCACGUUAUUUGAUAAUUUUGGGCCAGUCUGGUUCUACUCUUCUUCUGUAUCAAGAGAUGGAAACUUCUACAAAAAAAAUUUUACUGGACAUUGAAACUAAACAAAUCCUCAAUUUUUGGGCCUGGCAUGAAUUCACAAUUAGCAUUUUUGGUAUGGCAAUACAAAUGUUUUGGCAUCGGGAUUAUGGUAGAGAAAAAGUUUUCUCGAUUCGAGACGAUGCCAUUCAGACUGUAAGGUGGUUCAGUAUUGGAAGUGAGAAUACCAUAGCACAUUGGACACUGUUUUGUACUCCAACAGAAGAGAAUGCGGUCGAAGCUCCGUGGUUUCCAAAUUGCAUUUCGAAUUCAGCAGAUUCAAGAUAUGAAGGUACACAGUGGAUGGCUGAAGGCGAAGUUCCAUGCGUUCCAUGGAUAUUUGACAAGAUUCCUAAAGAAGAUCGAGUAGAUGACCAUUUUAUCGACGGAUCUGCACUGAAAGCACUAAAUAAGUGCAGGAAUCCCACAAACGACCCUGAAGGCCCUUAUUGUUAUACAUUACAGGAUUUGAAAAGCUCUUCCGUCGAAAAACAGUACUGCUCCAUCAGAAAAUGUAGAUCUUCUGAAUGUCGAAUGGCUGGUACAGCCAAUGACUACAUAGGAACUAUGUCGGUAACACGUUCCGGUCGUACGUGCGCUCCGUGGUGGACAGGAUACAACCAGACAAAUGUUACCACUGAAAAAACACCCAGCUUCAAAUCACUGAUGGUCAAAGCACUGACUAGUCUGAAAUUCAAGAGAGAGAAUGCGUUGAAGGAUAAUUUACUCGAUACGCCAAGCGAACCUUGGGAUAAAAUUGGUCUUCGGUAUGGAUGGCCCAAAGAUUUUGACUUUGGACACACAUCGCGACGAGCUGCCCGAAGUUAUAAACAGUCGGAAGUGGACCAACUUAUUAGACCUCACAGACACCCCAUAAAUUUAGAUACACGUGGUACUCUGGAAUCAGUUGGAGAUGGUGAUUGGCUUCGGUCCAAUUUAAGCACUCGGCAGGUAUUAGCCAGGUAUAAUUUGGUCAGCUUAAAUCGAAGGUUGCUUCAAGAGCAAGACACUUCGAAAAAGGCCAAUCUACAUCCGAUAUUCAAUCCAUAUCAAGAAAUUGAGGAAAUAACCACCGAAUUGAACGAAAAAGAUGAAUUUUUCAAUAUGGUCCGAGAGACCGUUCCACAGGAAGACAUUCCAAGCACGACUUCCGAGAGUUAUAAUUCGAUAUCGCCAAAUUCACCGUACGGUGAAACAUCGAAAUUUACUUCAGAAUUGCCUGGAUCGCCUGAUUUUCUAACCGUUUAUUCUAGUUUAGCUACUACUCUACCACCAAUCGGUGCCACUUCCGAAAAACCUGAGGUAGAUGAAUUUUCUCACACAACUGCAAGCCCACAGCCAAAAACUGGCAGCACGGAGAAACCAUCCAAGCCACAUGAUCAUAAGAAACCGAUUCAUCCAGUUGAUCCACUUUACCUAAACGACACGCUAUAUCCUGAGCAAAAUGUUAAAAGUGCAAGUAAUUUCUGUCGAAAUCCUUCGCGUAAUAUAGCUGGCGCAUGGUGCUACACAACGGAUCCGGAAGUACCACAAGAUCUCUGUAACGUCAGAGAUUGUGAGCAGCCUGAAGAAUGCAUUUUCCUCGUGAGAGGUCACGGUAGUGGUAGACGUCUGUACGUCUUACCGGAUUAUCGUUCGGAGGGACUUCAAUUCUCUCUCAAAGAAUGGGAACCCGAUCAUCCAGAUUCAAUAACUUUUGCGAUAUUAGGUGAAGACGAUGUGAAGUCCCGUCUCAUUCUGAAAGUUGGUGCCAUGAAAAAUGAGAAAGUACUUUUAUACUACGAAACCGAAGGGAAGGCAAUGAAAUUGGUGAAGGAAAAAACCUUACCUCAUCUCCUAUACCUUGGAAAGUGGACUGGGUUCGUAAUUCGUAUGGAACGUGGUGGAAUAAAACUCUACUAUGAAGGUGCCCCGUAUCCGUUGUUCGAAUGGGAAGACCCGGAGCCUGCCAAAGCUUUCUUACCCGUGUAUUAUUACUACAGUAGUGAAAUAGGCAAUACUAUCGGAGUUGCCUUCAAGUGUAACACAAGUAUAUAUGUUGAAACGACCACGGAUCGAUUCACAAGAAUACUACCAAUUUCUAUUUGGGAGACGGAAGAAACGCCAAGCCCUCACAGACUGGUACUAAUGGUUCGUGGACAAGGAGUUAUACUGCUCCCUUUGCUGAUGCUGCCUACCAUGCCUGUGUACUACGCAUUGACUAUAGGUGAAAAGGGACAUUGGGUGUUUUUUAUGAAAAAUAAGCUUCCCGCUGUUCACAUACUUCACAAGCAAAAUGCAAAGGGACAAUUGUUUAAUUUCAAUACUUGGACCAAUUUGACGAUACAGUUUUACGACUAUACCAUCAAGGUUUUGCGUAACGGUACCGAGGUAUUCCAUUACGAUCAUAACUUACCUUUGCUGUUCUACUUCUUUUCUCUUGCUGUCGACAAAGGCUACGGCCAAGUCUUUGCUGGUCAUGUCAUUCUCAUCUCUACCAUUUCAGACAUAGAUGGUUCUCCGGUGGAUGGUGGAUGGUCAGAAUGGGGCCCUUGGAGGUGCAGCGCUACUUGCAAUGGUGGAAUAGGCGUAAGGAAACGGGUCUGCAACAACCCUGAACCGAACAUAAGGGGUCAGCCAUGUUUGGGACCGAGUACGUCAAGUGGCCGGUGCAACAUGAACAAAUGUGACGACGUAACAGAGGUCACCCUCGAAUUGAUAAAGAGAAAAAUUAGAACUCAGCACACGUCAUUGAUCGUGAAGGAAGGAGAUCGUGUGAAGUUUUUAGCCGAUCCUGAUAUUGUUUCAGCAUUGAGAAAUGAAACACCAAAGUCUGACAUCAAUUGGUCUCGCAAUGGAAUUUUUCUGGAAGAAGAAGAGGACAGAAUCAAACUUGAAGAUACUGCAGUAUCUAUAUCUUACACAGUUGUAAAUGACUCGGGUGUAUACACGCAAACUUUGCACCGAGUGGAUGACACUCGCCUUAUUUUUAAAAUCAUCACGCUAGCGGUUAUUCCCGUCACGAAUGAACUUGUAACUCGAGAAACUCUAUCCUUUUCUAUGACUUGCCACUGUGUUGUACUUGGAUACGUAUAUUCGGAUCUCAAAAUAUCAUGGAAGUUGAAUGGCCAAGUGUUCAAAGAUUAUGGAGUAUCGACCCCUGUUGCGGUAAAUGCAGAUCGUGUUCGAAAACUUAACAAGUCCCAUCAUGGAGAAUGGAGAUGCGAAGUUGAACAAAAGGACUUGAAUUUCAAGUGGACUACCAACGCGAUAAAAGUUCGAGUAUUGGGUCCUCCUAAUUGGCGCACUCACUUGAUGGACGAUAAGCUAACACGCCCGAUAUUCGGUUGGAUGCCGAACGAAAGUUUCGUUGCAUUCUCAGCAUUUCUAUUGACAUUUUUAAUAAUUGCGGUGAUAAUUGCUUCAACGAUUACGUAUUUAAGGUUUCGUGAAAGCCUCAAGUACAAAGCGCCACAGACAGAAAAGCUAAUUGACAGUGAAGAAUCGUUCAACGACUCAGGAAGUGAAAAUCUAAUCGACGAUAAAAAACGGUGAAAUAAGAGGGUUCAAGGGUGGAGAAAAGUGCAUGAAAACGAUUUGCAGGAGAAAGAUUCUCUGCCCUCGGCAUCAACUUCGCAUGGCGAUAAUCUACGGUGUGCCGCCUCUAC